CUGCGUAUAAGUUACAAAAUUGUCAAGACAAGCUGCAAACUUGAAUUGUGAGAUAUGGCUUUCUUUCUGCGUACUGCGUGUAGAACCUUUGUUAGGAGUUCGGCUGUCUAUGUCAACCAAUCUUCUAUUUGUACAAGUGCUGGCAUCAAAGCCGCUUGGAAUCUUGGAAAAUUGAACCAUGUAGCUAUUGCUGUACCAGACCUAGAGAAGGCUUCGAAAAUGUAUCGAGAUGUCCUAGGAGCUAAAGUCAGCGAACCAGUGCCCUUACCUGAGCAUGGCGUGUCUACAGUGUUCAUUGAGCUUGGCAAUACCAAACUUGAACUACUUCAUCCACUCGGAGAAAAAAGUCCAAUUCAGAGUUUUCUAGACAAGAAACCAGGCGGUGGGCUCCAUCACUUAUGCAUUGAGGUUGACAACAUAAAUGAAGCGGUCAAAGAUCUUAAGGAGCAUAACAUUAGAACAUUAAGCCCGGAGCCAAGGAUUGGAGCACAUAAUAAACCAAUCAUGUUUCUACAUCCUAAAGACUGUGGUGGGGUGUUAGUAGAACUGGAAGAAGCAUAAACCUGUGUAAAUUCUGUUAUGUAUCACUUAUUAGAUAUAGCAAAUUAUAGAUUUGUUGUCAAGUCUUCUCCCACAGCAGAUGAUAUCGUAUCGUAUCGUAUCGUAUAUCCCAUGCUAGAAGUACACAAUGAAAAUUGGAUGAUUUUAAAAGGGAGGAAGGCUGUUUUAUCUACAGUACUGCACCCAUUCUUGAAAACAAAUUUGUAUUGAAGUGUCAAAAUAGCUUAUUAUUUAUUGUUAUCCAGUAAACAUUUGCAGAAACAAUUAAACCUUUUAUCCACAGUCAGUAGUAGUGAUUUGAAAAAAUUGAUUCAAUGGAUAGAGGCACUAGGAAAUGUAGGUAUGUUUGAUUCACAUUUUGAGUAUCUUUAUCAUAGUUGGUAAAAGUAAAGGCAUUGUCAGGUGUUAUUCCAAAUUAUUGAUAUUGUAUAGUAUGAAUUAUCAUAUACCUUGUAUUGUCCUUCCUCAGAAUAUCUUAUGCGCUGACUGUGUUUUUCCAUGAACUGAACAUUCAUGAAAUUAUUUGUUUAUACGCUCAGGUUCUGAUUCACGAGUAGCAAAGUAAUAUUAGCAGAAAAGUAAUAUUUUAAACACCAGUUGCUCAAAACAAUUACUUUUAUUUUUUAUUUGGCUAAUAAGGUAUAUAUGGAUUUUGCUGGUCUCUAUCAUAUACCUAACAUUCUUACAAACUUAUGUAGAUCAAGAUCAGAGGUGUAUAAUACAUUGUAAUGCAAUCAACAAAAUUUGUUUCUUCUACAUUUGAAUAAGUGCACAGUGUGAAAUUUUGAUUUGCUUCAGUUCAAGUUAGUGUUUUUAGUUUCAGCAAAUAAUGUAAAUUAUAUUUUUCAGUUAUAAUGUAAAACAUUUAUUGUAUAAUGUUGUAGCUUAAUCUUUAAACUGAAUCGGCUUCAUACAAAAUUUAAUGCAAGACUACAAUCAAAAUUGAUCCUAAAAUAACCGUUUUUAAUGUGAAAACUAAAAAAGCAUUAGAAACAUUACUCCAGCAAUAUUCAAAUUUAUAUUUUACAAAUUUAUAGAUUUACAAGGACAAGACUGAAUAAUGGAUAUUGUCCCAUGCACAAGAUUAUUGGCUUUUAUGCCAUGGUUGUUUACAUCCAAUUUCUGGGAACGCACGUGUUCAGGUGGCGAUGUACGACACGGUAGAUGCAUUACAAACCUGGGGAGGCAGCUAACAAUUUUUCAGUUAUUCUGAAAUCGUACAGAAAAACAGAAGAGUGCAAAUGGUAUAAUUGUAUGAACAGUGCCUAUGGUUUUGAUCAUAAUAUAAAUUGUCCUUUUUGUACAAUUUUGUGUUUUCCCAGAGUGUGAAUAAUCAUUGUUCUGUGGUUUAGUUCUGAGAUCAAAUGUAGGUGAGGUCUGUCACUCUGUCUUUGUCUCUGCCUGUGUCAGCUAGUGUGUUGCGAGUCCCAUUAAUGUGUCUGCAAUUGAGUGAAAAGUUGUGUUGAAUGCACCAGAAGAGAAUUUUGUUUAAGUUAAUGAUGGUCCUGAUGCUAGUGUCUCACCACACUAGAACCAUUCUGUUUUUGACUUGUGUCAGAAGGUCCCAUAGACUAGUUGAACUACUUUCAACUUCUUCCAGUCGAUAUGCAUGAUCAUCUGACUGGAGUUCCAGAGCCUUUGUGUCUGUAGGUCCAUUAUUUGGGUCUCCAUCAUUUAUCCUACAAGAAUGACAGUAGUAGGAUGUAAGGGCAUCCUGACAACCAGGAGAUUGGGCACCAGACUAGAACUUCUCUGUGCUUGACUGGCAAGUACUGGGAUGCCCAGAUAGCUCCCUCUGGCAACCUAACACGAUGCUUUAUUAACGAAUCUGAUGUGGAGUGUUAGUAGUACCAGAGAUUUUACAAAUAAGAUCAUGCCCACCAUGCUCAUGAUUUUUCACAGGUUGUUAGAUGUCUGUGUCAUCAUUUGAGAUGUGCAACUACCUGAUUCUAUCACAGCAUUUGUCUUGGGUCAGUCGACUCUAUUCCACAUGCCCCUUCGUUGUCUACAAAUCCUUGUUACCUCAGGAGUGAAAGUGUGUAUUAAGGGUGUUCCAAGCUUCUGCUUGGUAGCACUGUGCCAAUGUCAGGUUCCUGAUGGAGCUUGAUACAGUAGGUGGAUACCCACAAAGCAGUGCAUUGUGAUUUGUUAGAAGAAGAUGGAGAGAAUUGAUUGACUAUACAGGGACUGGGCUAAUGAAUUUAAGAUGAAAAGCAUGAUUUGACAGGUUAUCUUUCUUUUUUUUGGGCGAAAAAUUAAUUGGCAAAGAGUCUAGAAAGGCUACACCAGCCAGGAUGCGUUUUGCACAUCUCUGUACUAGAGUAGGGUGUGAACACUGGGAUGGUCACUUUGUAGACAUGUGCGGGAUUCGAGCUGGAUGUAAACACUGGCACAGUUCCUGUACAACAAGUAAUACAUGUAACACAGAAUUUAUUGAGGUCGCUAUCAACAUGUCAGGGACCCUUUUAGUAUCAGCCACUCAUUCACAGCUUCUUUCAGGUACCAAAGCUACUAGUAUAUGGGAACCAGACUGAGUUCGAGAACAAAGAUGCCACAUUCUGUUAGACAUUUAACGAGGACAAAGUGUGGGAACGUUUUAGAAAGUAUUAUUGAAAGAGAUUAUAAAAAUGAUGGAAUGUAAUGUGAACUAACACAAUGAACUCGUAAUAGUAUAUUGCAUGAUUAUAUAGAGCAUGUAUUUUAUUUGUUCGUUAUGAAUGUUGUACUAUGAUCAAAAUAAUCUACACAAAUAGGACCUGUUGAACUAGGGUUUCUUACUUGGCAACUCAUGUCUUCAAAAUCAAAAUAAAACUAAAAUAUCUAAAUGGCAGAAAUUUCUAUAUGAAAACUUGGAUACUGUUCCUUCUGCAUAGAUCUUUAUUAUGAAUUUGAUUCAAAUUAUUUGUAUCAUCCAUGUUUGCAUCUUUACAGAAAUAAUCGUAGCUAUUUUUUAUGCAGUACAUACGACGACGUCUCAUUUACAAACAAAAAUUAUGGUUUGUGUAGAGAACUGCCUGCCUUACCAUUCGAAAGAUGUGUUUCAAAGAGUUCCGAAUGUAACGUUACUAAAAUAAACCAUGUAUUUAUAAUAGGACUUUUGACUAAGAUUGAAUACAUGGAUUAUAUGAGAUGCUGUGAUUUAAAUAAUCAACUCUUAAUAUAUGCAAAGGAAACUAAUAUUCAGCCAACUCUACAAUUCGGGAACUAUAAAAUUAUCCCCGACCUUGUAUUAUCUGUAUUCACUAGUUAAUUGGUCAUAUAGAAUUUGGAGAAAUAUGUAAAUUGUUUAUAUACAUGCAAGUUAACAAAACGUACAAUAAAAUUUCAGUAUUUAUAAA